GACACAGAUAGAGAGAGACACACACAGAUAGAGGAGGAGCAGCAGCAGCGUCAGGCGCGGGCAGACAAGACAAGAUGCCGGCGGUGGUGAUGGCGACCGGGAAAUCUGUGGGUUUCAGCAAACUCCUGGAGCAGUGCGAGACCCAGGAGCUGGAUGCUCCUGGUGGAAUAGCAACGCCUCAGGUUUAUGCCCAACUGCUUGCUUUAUAUCUCCUGCACAAUGACAUGAAUACAGCAAGAUAUCUCUGGAAGAGAAUACCCCAAGCCAUCAAAACUGCUAAUCCUGAGCUCGGGGCAAUAUGGUCCGUGGGGCAGCGUGUCUGGCAAAGAGAUUUCCCGGGAAUUUACACAGUAAUUAGCUCGCAUCAAUGGUCUGAUACCAUCCAGCCUAUAAUGGAGGAACUAAGAGAUGCUACAAGACGACGCGCCUUUGGCCUUGUUGCUCAAGCCUACACCUCCAUUAGUGCCGAUGAUCUUGCAGCCUUUGUUGGGCUUCCGGUAGAAGAUGCUGUCAAAGCCGUAUUGGAACAAGGGUGGCAGGCUGAUCCUUCCACACGAAUGGUUGUACCCAAAAGAAAUGAACCUCCUCCAGUACCACAGAUUCCUAAUGAACAACAGUUGGCCAGACUAACUGACUACGUGGCCUUCCUUGAGAACUGACAAAUUACCCUCAACAAAGGAGAGAAAACCCAGCCAUUUCAGUUUGUUGCUUUUGAGUGUGACACAGAUGAGCAGAAAUUUCCAGCAGACUUUAACUUAAUCCCGAAUGUUCUUGUAAAUAUCAUUAAAUGUCAUUAAAUAAAAAGUUGUCCCGGCAA